UCUCUCAUUUUUUCCAAAGUUGAAUAUUCCGCUCGUUGGGCGCUGUCGCUAGCGGAGCGGUUGCAGCCCCGCAGACUGAACGCACCGGACGGGUAUUUUUUUAGUGCUUGUUGUUGCGCCGUGUGGAGCAGACUUGGAGAGAAGGAGUCCGCUCGAGUACAUCCCGGCUCCGUUCAGACCCGUGUCUGUCCCACCCCUCCCGUGUUUCUUCUAACUUCAUUUCGGGCUACUUUCAAGAUGACAGAAGAAAAGAGAGCUCGACAUGCAAAGCUGGUGACCUGCCAGCUUCUGGGGGCUUUGAUGUCACCUCUAGAUUGGUUCAACUGAAGAUGGAAACACUGGAGUCUGAGCUGACCUGCCCGAUCUGCCUGGAGUUGUUUGAAGACCCUCUGCUCUUGCCCUGCGCCCACAGCCUGUGCUUCAACUGUGCCCACCGCAUCCUGGUGUCUCACUGCUCCACCAGCAAGACCCUCAAGUCCAUAUCGGCCUUUCAGUGCCCCACCUGUCGUUACGUCAUCACGCUGAAUCACCGCGGCCUGGAGGGCCUUAAGCGCAAUGUGACGCUGCAGAACAUCAUUGACCGCUUUCAAAAGGCCUCCCUGAGCGGCCCCAACUCCCCCACUGAGAGCCGGCGCCUGCAGCCGCAGCGGCCCUACACCGCCACCAUUAGCGGGACAAUAGCUGGAACCAUUGGCGGCGGUGGUGGUGGUGGUAGUAGUAGUGGCACAAGUGGAAGCAGCGCCCGCGGCAGCCCGGCCACUUCCAGCCACUCCCACCCGCACGGCAACCACACCAACGCAAUCCACAGCCCAGCUGUUGUUGCUAAGAUGGAGCCACGCAUCAGCUGCCAGUUCUGUGAGCAGGACCCGCCGCGCGAGGCCGUCAAGACGUGCGUCACGUGUGAGGUGUCGUACUGCGACCGCUGCCUCCGCGCAACACACCCGAACAAGAAGCCGUUCACCAGCCACCGCCUGGUGGAGCCGUUGCCGGACACUCACAUCCGCGGCCUGACCUGCCUGGAGCACGAGAAUGAGAAGGUCAACAUGUACUGCUUGGUGGAUGACCAGCUCAUUUGUGCCCUCUGCAAGCUGGUGGGGCGCCACCGGGAGCACCAGGUGUCGUCGCUCACUGAGCGCUUCGAUAAGCUCAAGGCUUAUCAGGUGAGCCCGGGCAGAAUGUCAGAUGCGGUAAUGGAGGCUUCAAAGACAAGCGCUGCGCAAACCCUGGAGAACAACCUGACCAACCUGGUGAAGAGGAACGGCGAACUGGAGAACCAGAUGGCCAAGCUCAUCCAGAUCUGUCAGCAGGUGGAGGUGAACACGGCCAUGCAUGAAGCCAAGCUGGUGGAGGAGUGUGAUGAGCUGGUGGAGAUCAUCCGCCAGAGAAAACAGGUCAUCGCUGUGAAGAUCAAAGAAUCCAAGGUGAUGAAACUGCGUAAAUUGGCUCAGCAGAUUGCAAACUGUCGCCAGUGUCUGGAGCGCUCCAGUGCCCUCGUCACACAAGCCGAACAGAGCCUGAAGGAGAAUGACCACGCCCGCUUCCUCCAGACUGCCCGAAAUGUAGCUGAAAGGGUUGCCAUGGCGACAGCCUCCUCCCAGGUGCUCAUUCCUGACGUCAACCUGAAUGAUGCGUUUGACAACUUUGCCCUUGACUUUUCUCGAGAGAAGAAGAUUCUGGAGGGACUAGAUUACCUCACAGUUCCCACCCCGCCAUCAAUCAGAGAGGAGCUGUGCACCGCCUCCCAUGACACCAUCACUGUUCACUGGACGUCCGAGGACGAGUUCAGCGUCACUUCCUACGAGCUGCAGUACACCAUCUACACCGGCCAGACCAAUUUCAUCAGUCUGUACAACUCGGCAGACAGCUGGAUGAUCGUACCCAACAUCAAGCAGAAUCACUACACGGUGCACGGCUUGCAGAGCGGCACCCGUUAUAUUUUCUUUGUCAAGGCGAUCAACCAGGCAGGAAGCCGCAACAGUGAGCCCGCCCGCCUCAAGACCAACAGUCAACCCUUCAAGUUAGAUCCCAAAACAGCCCACAAGAAGCUGCGUCUGUCCAACGACUGUCUGACCAUGGAGAAGGACGAGAGCUCGCUGAAGAAGAGUCACACCCCGGAGCGCUUCAGCAGCACGGGCUCCUACGGGGCCGCGGGGAAUGUCUUCAUUGACAGCGGGUGCCACUACUGGGAGGUGCUGCUGGGAGCGUCCACGUGGUAUGCCAUCGGCGUGGCUUACAAAUCAGCCCCCAAAAAUGAAUGGAGUGGCAAGAACUCGUCCACAUGGGUGUUCUCGCGCUGCAACAACAACUUUAUGGUGCGCCAUGACGGCAAGGAGAUGCUGGUGGAGGCAAGCCUCCAGCUGCGGCGGCUGGGAGUCCUACUGGACUACGACAACAACUCCCUGACCUUCCACGAUGCCAUGAACUCCCAGCACAUUCACACCUUUGAGGUCUCCUUCCUGCUGCCCGUUGUGCCCACUUUCAUGAUCUGGAACAAGUCAGUCAUGAUACUCUCGGGGCUCCCCGUCCCCGACUUUGUCGAUGGCGUGGCCUCAGAUCUGCAGGAGCAGCAGCAGAUGGGCCUGUGCCGGCAAGAGUCGCCAUACUUGACCGGGCUGAAGGCCUGCCACUGAAAAAGGCUCAGGAAUGGCCGAGCAGCGCCGUCCACUGAAAGGUCCGAUCGGCCCCGGUGACUGAAAGGUUGAUGGGAGCUGAAAGACAUUGCCAGUGGGACUGAGUUUGGGUCUAUCCUCUCCAUUAAGAGCCGACCAGUAACGUUCUAGUGCAUUUAGAAAGUGUUGGAGGGAUCCACACCAGUCUGGAAAAAUGUCAGUCCUGUUAGUUUGUAGCCAUCCAAUGUUUAGCAAAUCCCUCAGUGAAGAGGAGCACGGUCAUUCACUCGAAUCCAUCUGAGGCCCUGGAGUCACUGAGGGCAGGGCUGGACAUCGGGUUUAAUGUCUUCCUUUUCCAUUUAUCUUCCUCCUGAUCUGAUCCCAGUUAUCAGCCAGUUUGAGUUUUAAGUUACAACCAAUGAUCAAAUCCAAUGGAACCCCACGGUGGAUGAAACACAGCAGAAUUCAGAGGCAGCAACAACAACUACAACAGUGAAGAAUCCUCAGAUUUGUUGGUUUUAUUUUAAUUGGUCCAUAUGUCAAGUGAACUUAAUCUGACCAAAGCUAAAUUAAACUGUAAAUUAGUUUGCAUCCAAAAGAAAAGUUUGACGUACAAAAUACACGUGUGGUUUUUUUGCAAGUGAAAGGAGAGCGAUACGACUCUCAUACCUGCAUGAGGAAUAUGAAGCUCGAGCCAGCCGUGGAGUUAGCUUAGCAUAAAGACUGGACAGUAAAACGACGCUCUGACAUUUGUCGUUUGAGAGCAUUUGAAGAGCUGCAAGGAUGUUUCUUUGACCGGAGCUUGGACCGAGCCAGGCCAGCUGUUUCCCCGCCUGUGUUCUCAUCUGAACUAACCGCUGCUGCUUGUGUCACUUCAUAUUUAGCACACAGACAUGAGAGUGUCAUCAUUCUUCUCAUCCAACCCCCAGAAAGCAAGCAUAAUGUUGACGUGCCUUCUUUCACUCCACUUCAUCAAGUCAACUACACGCUACCAUCUUGCUGGCGCUAAUCCACGCUAGCUGUGGACUUUUUGUUUCGCAUCACGCGUCUCCUCGUGUGCCGGAGCCUCGGUGGCUGUCGGUGUUCGUUGCUGACGUCUUUUUCGUGACCUUCCUCCCAGAUUUGAUUCGCCAGUCUUUGUUUUGGAGGGUUGUAGCUUCCAAGUUUCAGGAAGUGUUUACGUUGCUCCCAGAUAUUAAUAUGAUCACAGGGAUUUGCAUCAUGUGACUACUCAACUUGUAUAAUAAGAGAUUUAUUGAAUAAUCAAGAAACAAAAGUUAUUUAUGACAAAAAAAGAGGGUUUACUUUUAUUAUGAUCUCCACAUAUUAAUGAUGCACUUUUUAAUUAACACUAUUUACUUUUCCCCCUCUGAGUAUUAAAGUAGCUUGAGAUGAGUGGCAGCGGUGUAAUGGAGAGGGGAAGUGACAACUAGGUCUACUGCUGAAAAAUCUGCAUCACCUUAUUUUCGCACUCGUAUAUAUAAAAAAUAAUUCAAUUAUUGUAAAAAAUAUAUAUUAUGGGUACUGGAUAUCAACCAUUAUAAAGUAUUGCAAUAACAUACAGUUAAAUCACUUGUUUGUUGUCUAGGUUACAUUUCCAUAAGAAUCUGUGUAUUAAUUUCUCUUUUCACAUUCAAUAGGAAUCCAAAAUCUCCAAUGGAAUAGGAAAAGAACAAAUGAUACACCGAUUCAGAAGCCCCUGCUGUAAAGUUAGAAAGGUGUUUUCACUGCUUUGAACACAAACCCUGACUAUAGUAACUUUAUCUUGUUUAGAAAAGGGAUAUGAUUAUGAUGAUGUGGAUGUGCUUUUUAUCAUGUUGAAAUAUGAUAAACUAAUUUUUUCAGUCACUGUUUUCAACUAAUCAGGGAAGGAGGGGUUAACACUUUAACUUGCUGUCUGUCGCAAUGGCAUGAUUGUGUUUCCUCUGUGAUUUGUUAACACACACACACACAUACACACACACACACCAACCCUCACACAUGUCAUGUUUUGUUUCGGUUGGCCUUGUCGUGAUAAAUGCAUGAAACAUUGUAGGAUGCCACACCGGUUCACUGGGUCAUUUAAGUAGCUCCUCCAAGUUCCAUCUUGUUUUCCAUCAGACUGACUCUCUGCAUAUUUACUUCCAGCCGACUCGACUUCUUGUCGUCUCUCUUCCGAUGGCGUGCAGCUGGAUCCGCUGGUUGCUUGGUCUUGGUAUUCGUGUGGCUGGCAGUUUUUCUCUGGUUUGAUAUUCAGGUAGUGGCUCUAAUUCAGACAAUCAAAUAUGUAUUAUAGUGUAUGCAGAGUUCAGAGAUUGUGUAGCAGAAAACCAGUCAGGACGGAUUGUGACAGGGACACUUGAGGUUGUGUUAAAAAAAAAAUAAUCGAUGUUUUACAUCCCAUCUUGUUAGAUCUGACAACUCACAGCCAUGUUCACUCUUUACACAUCACCAGGUAUAUACUUAAUGUUGAAUGUCAUGUAACAUUUGUAUUUACAAGCUAUAAUUUGCUCGACCUUGAAAACGCGCACUGAUUUUAACCAUUCGCUAGUAACCAUGGUUACGUGUUGACGAGUUCAAGCGAAGAUCCAGUGAUGUAAAACUCUCAGCUCUGGUAGUGAAAACCUGGCAUGCCGCGUCCCCUCAGUGCAUCGUUCAACCUGCAGGGUUCUGGGCGGUGAUGCGUGAAGUCAUUCUUGUUUGACGAGAUAUUGAUUGCAUGACACAGACGGUCAAUGCAGCAGGAGCUUCGAUAUGAGGAGAGGUUUCUCUUGUUUCUGUCAGGACGGUCAGUGAAUGUCACCUGACAUCCAGAUGUCCACCAUCUUGAGGAAUCCUGUCGGUGGCCGGCUCCACGCGGUCACGUGUGUGUGUGUGUGUGUGUGUGUGUGUGUGUGUGUGUGUGUGUGUGUGUGUGUGUGGUCGGUCCCGACUGACGAGCUCAACUCCUCUGAGCAGGGGGCUCGGCCGCGUCGCUGCAUGGUCACGUGACCUCGCAGCAGGUUCAAAACUCUCCUCAUCUUCACGAUGGGGUUUCUUUUCACGCGUCAAGCAUAUUGUCUUUUCUUUUUUACAAAAAAACAGAAGAUGGCUAGAACACGUCAAAACAAAGUGUUCAUUCCCAUGCAUAUCGGAUACUUUGCAGUGCUUUUUCUUUUCUUGUGCCACAAGUCAAUACAGUAAAUAUAUAUAUAUACGGCGAAUGAUUUUCAAUAGCUACCCACUCCUUGUCGUGCAGUGUAAAACCUUAGAGACAAUGCAAUAGAUUCUACAUUUUUUUGCUUUUCUGUUUGUGUAACUUGGGAAAUUAUUUUCUACAACUCAUGAGAAACGCGCUCCUCUCCUUUUGGCCUCUGGACCUCGAUGAACAGCACAACAAAGGCAGCGUUGCAUUCAUGCAAGGCUUUCUGUUUCCAUAGACACAAGAGAUACCUUUAGCCAGAGAGGGAUGAAAAUCAUAGGGGGAAAUAUAUAUUAUAUAAAGUUGUAUAAUAUACAAAAUAUAUAUGAACCAAUGUUAUUUAUGUGAAUUUAAGUCAAAUUAAAAGUCUGAUCCCAAAUG